AUGUGCACCGUCAUCUACCUUGACUUCAACUGUGGUCACGAGCAGUAUAUAUUUCACAAUUUCUGUGAAGAUUUCAUGAAGCGCGGUAAGCGGUGCUUUUCUAGGCUGUGCGAAAUGCCAGAAGACGCCAUCGUCAAGAUCGAAUACAGAUUCGAUAUCUGCGGCAAUUGCAAAGUGAGGCGUAACGCGUAUAUCGCGGCCAGGAAGGCUAUGGCAUCACGCCUCGAGAAAUAA